UAUAGGCGUAGAGAGUAUUCUGUACGAACGCGACAGUUUUGGAUAAAACAAUUUAGAAAUAUAUGUUUAUUAGCAAAUAUGUGUUUGCUUUAAUUUCCUGAGAUAAAGAAUUGCAUUUUAGACUUUGAGAACAAACUUGCAUAUUUAUUUUCUGCAUUCUAAACGCAAACCUAAUAGUAUGUAUAUUGCUAUGAAACCAAUGCGCAUCAGUGCAACUGUUGUUAUACAAUCCGAUAUCCGUUACAGCUUAUAACUACUUGCUAAUGAGAAACAAAUUGUUUAAACAAUAGACUAAAUUAGGUGUUGUGCGCAAAUAUUGGAUAGCAGUAAGGCCGUUUCAAAGACCAGUUUGUUCUGACAUCGGAUAAUAUAAUACAACACUUGUGAACUAGAAAAGGACUGUUGCGUGUAUUAAUAAUGCAAAAAGUUUAAGGCAUUUCAUACACUGUGAGUGCUUUAUAGGAAAAAAUGAAACUGAAAAGUAAGACACUACGUGUUCUGAUCAAUAUCGGGAUGUAAUUGGAUAUCUUACUUGCAGAAAUACAAUGAUUACCCUGAUUGUGGUUUAGAGGAAUAAUACAUUUCAAUCAGUCGGCUCACGGAUUAAAUUAAAUUCCGAAAAACAAACCCAGAGCGGUAGUGAAGAAGAUUGUUAUGCUAAUAUAUAUUUAGCUCAAAUAAAAUUAAUGCUAGAGCUAUUGAUAUAUUUUUUUUGCAGGUUAUUUAUGUAGAUAAAUAUUCUGAGCGUCUAAUGUUAACUAAUUUUGAGAUAAGUCUACAUUCCAUGUAGUAUUUAUUUCUAAAAGCAUUGAAAAGUUCAUAGACGUACUUUAAAGAAAAUGGGUUUGUCGCACGGAAAAGUAAUCGAUGGAACAGAACACAAAAUUAAACAGAAUCCACUGGCUUUUAAUCCAAACCAACCGGCACCAGAACUAACGCCGUAUGAAGUCAAAAUACUGAAAGAAAUGUGGGAAAUUCUGAAAGACAAUAUUUCAAAAGUUGGAGUUAUAACGUUUGUGAGUUUGUUUGAGACUCAUCCCGAAGUUCAUGAUGUAUUUAUGUCUUUCCGGACGAAGAACACCUCUGAUCUUGAGUACAACCACAUCCUUCGUAAGCAUGCUCUAAGAGUUAUGGGAACAGUUGACAAGUGUAUUUAUAGACUGGACAAUCGCGAGAAAUUGCGAGAUCUGAUGAUGGAUCUUGGGAUACGGCACCAGACCUACUCAAUUAAAAUAGAGUACAUCGACUUGAUGGGUCCACAGUUUAUAUCGUCCAUCAAACCUCAUCUAGAAAACAUGUGGACAGAAGAACAUGGACGAGCUUGGGAGAAUCUCUUUCAGCUUAUGUGUUAUCACAUGAAGAAAGGCAUGUGUAGUAUAUGACGCACGUCAAAGCAAUGAGUAGUGGAAAGCUUUUGGAUAUAUACUGUGCAAUCACUUCACUGGCAGGAACAUACCGAUAUGUGUCUUUUGAGAAACAUAGCAGUCUGUGCUAACCUAAAAGGAAACAAAUCGUAAUAUGUUUAGUGUGCUUUAGCGAGAACCAUUGGUAGCUUGAAGCACUUUAAUCGAAAACUUCUGAUAUACAUAAAGUUGUUAUUUAAUGUACAUUUCAGAUAGAAGACUAUUUUUGUUGAACAAAAUAUUUUGUACGUGCAUUGUGUUCGAAUUUAUGUGAGAGUAGCCGUCCUCUAAACAUGUUUUAUUCUGAAGGAUGCUAUUCAAGUUAAAUCAGCUCGCGAAUGUGAUUAAAGUUAAAUAUUUGAAAAGUAUUACAGACAUACUUUUUUUGAACACAGUACGCAGUAAAGAACACGUAUUUAGUGAUACAAACGAUAAUAUUGUAUUGGAGGAAUAUGAUACGAUUGUACUGGACAUCUGUGUUUUUCUUUAAAUACAGUCUAUAUCAUUCCAAGGAAGAGCUUUUGAUAUAUGCAGAGAAACAGUAUAACUGAAUUAUUUUAAGAAGAUAUAAAUACUUUUUAAAGAAUAACAUGACAGGAGUAAUUUAUAAACAGUGCAGACUGAUCUAUUUUUUCACGUAGAAGGACAGUCUCGGCGGAAAUGCUAUUGCAAGAAAAUUAAAUAUCGUCCUCAACACAAAUAUAUUGUUUAGCUUAAACGGUUUAUUUGAUGUAUAUGAUUGAUAAUAUUACGUAGAGUUAUUUUGUGAGAUGUCCUUUUGAUUAAACAAAAUAUAUUUGAAAUAUAUAUUUUUA